AUUUGAAAUUUUUGUAAUGGCGGUCGUUAUGAAGUCUGCAAACAAUUUUCACUUUAUUUUCAUUUUCAUCUGCGCUUUCAUUUCUUUUUCUCUUCAGGAUAAUGAUGACAUUAAAGUGGAGAAUAAUAUAUAUAUCUUGAACAAAGAUGUUUUUGAUAGGUUUUUGUUCUCACAUGAAACUGUACUUGUUGAAUUUUAUGCACCAUGGUGUGGACAUUGCAAGAAACUAGCCCCUGAGUUAGAAUCAGCGGCAGAUGUGCUGUCAGUAUCGAGUCCUAACAUUAAGAUUGCCAAGGUGGACGCUACUGUUGAGACUGGACUGGCUGAUAGAUUUGAGAUAAAUAGUUACCCAACGUUGUUUGUGUUCAAGAAAGGUGUCAAACUUGAGUAUGAGGGGCCCAGAGAAUCAGAAGGAAUAGUUGAGGAGAUGAAGCGCAUUGGAAGUGAAGAUUAUGAGAUUCCAAAAAACUCGAGUAUUGAACUGACGGCUGCCAACUUCACAGAUGUGACAAAUGCACAGGAACUCAUGGUCGUCAUGUUCUAUGCUCCAUGGUGUGGCCACUGCAAAAAGUUGAAACCUGAAUAUGAGAAGGCAGCAAAAGAACUGGCCAAGAGAAAGCCUCCAAUCUUGAUGGGCAUGGUGGAUGCCACAGUUGAGAAGGACUUGGCUGAAUUGUACGAGGUCCAGGGAUAUCCAACUCUCAAGUUUUUCAGGAGAGGAAAGGCUCACACUUUCAAAUCUGACGCCAGAGAUAAGUUUGGAUUGAUAAGUUACAUAGAAAAGCAUCUAGGACCAGCUUCAACAAAUGUUCCAACAUUGAAGGAGUUGAAGGCAAUCAUCAAUCCGCUACCAUCUUCACGUUCAUCGGUCGCUGACAUCUCACCAUUUAACAUCGUUGCUUUCUUCAAGGAUGACUCAUCCAAGUUAUUCAGUCUCUACUUAGAUGCUGCCAAUGAAAUGCGAGAUGACUACUCUUUCCGACACACAUUCGACCAAUCGUCAGCCAGCAAUUGGAACAUGCAGGCUGAUUCAUUGGGCAUCUUCUUCAUUGAACGGCUGCAUACAAAAUAUGAGGAGAAGAUUAAGAAGAUGAAGUUUGAUGAUGAUUCAACAGUUGAAAGCAUUAAAAACUUCAUAGCAAAUAACAAAGUGCCAUUAAUAGGAGAGUUUAACCAGAAAACGAAUGAUCUGAUGUACAAGGAGACCAGACCGUUGGUCAUAUUCUUCUACACUGUGGAUUGGUCAUUCGAGCAUAAGGAAGCCACACAGAUGUGGAGGCAAAGAUUUGCAGAAGUAGCCAAGGUGCACAGGGAUAUGACGUUUGUGGUGGCAGAUGAUGAACAAAACAGGGAGGUUUUCCAUGAUUUUGGAUUCGAUGAUUCUGGUGAAGAGAUCAACGUUGGAAUAAUAUCGAAAGACAACAGAAGGUACCCGAUGGAACCCAUGGAAGAAUACGACGAACAAGAUGUACACGAUUUCAUCAAGAAGUUCAAGAAGGGUUCCUUGAAACCACUCGUGAAAUCUCAGGCUAUCCCGACCAAACAAGCAGGCCCUGUAACUGUCGUCGUUGGCAAAACCUUUGAAAAGAUUGUGCUGGACGAUAAAAAAGAUGUUCUCAUCGAAAUGUACGCUCCCUGGUGUGGUCACUGCAAGCAGUUGGAACCAAUCUACAAAGAACUUGCAAAGAAGUUGAAACCAGUGAAGAAUUUGCUGAUUGCCAAGAUGGACGCCACGGCCAACGAUGCUCCACCAAAUUUUCCCGUCUCCGGAUUUCCGACUAUUUACUUCGCUCCCACUGAGAAUAAGGAGAAUCCUGUAAAAUACGAAGGUGAAAGGAAUGUGGAAGGUUUCAUAAAGUUCCUGAAGGAGCAGGGUGUGUCCAUUGGUGGUAGGGAGGAGUUGUGAAUGGGGUUGUUUUGUGGAUGUGCUCGCUAGGGUUGGCUGAUUUAUCAACUUGUUCCUUGUUUUAUGUCUGUCUGUUUUCAUGAUUGGAAUGAAGCAAAAUGUUUGUGUGCUGCUGUGUGUAUAUUAAUGAAGAGUUAAUUUCUUGUUUUUAUAAAAUUUUUAAAUGUUGAAUGUUUGUUAUGCUACAGCUAACGAUUAGUUUUUAUUUCAUGUUUUUUUUUUGUUUUAUUGUUAUGUUUGUAAUUUGUAUGUGCACUCUGAAAUCUUAAUCACAAUUUUAGCUGUGUCUCUCACUUUUUCAUUUUGAAUUCAAUUAUAAAAUUGUUGAUCUUUGAAAGUUUCAGUUAUAAAUUUAUCAGCAAACUAUUUAUUGCUUCAAAAGCAACAUACUUUCGUUAUUGAUAAUACCUUACUGCUUUAAACUUCUAAUUCUUUUUUUAAAUAUUUAAAUAUUUCAAUGUAAUAAUAAUAAUGACAAUCAGUACUGUCAUUGUUGUUUUUGUUAUUGCCACUGUCAUUUUGGUUGAAGAGAUGUCGCCGAAACAAGAUCUGAUUUCAUUUUUUACAUAUCGUAUACAUAUAUAGGUAUUUUUAAAAUAAGUUUACAUUGUAUAAGGCUAAAUGUCUCAUUAUCACCUUACUUAAUAUUUUUAAAUGUUUUUAUCGUUUGUUGAAUAAGAUUCCUCUAUUGGAGAAUUGGAAUUCUCAGUUUAAAAGUCUAAGAAACGAUCUUUAUUUAGUCUUUUUGAUAAUAUUAAGGUGACGUAAUCAAAUGAUUAAACAUUUCAUAACACACAUAAGGGUCUCAAACUGUAAUUUAUUUAUUUAUUUUUAAAAUAACAUUCUCCAAUAAAAAUAAUCUUCCUGAAGAAAAAA